GGCGGCGAGCGACCAGCGUUCCGGGUCUCCCCGCAGGCGCCGCACCAGCAGGUCAGCUAACUCCUGAGCCUCAGCGUGUCAGUGCCAAGGAGAGACAGAGUUGGGCAUAUGACCUCCUUUGCCAGGCCCUGAGGCUGGCACACUGGCCAUGUGCAGCCCUAAGGAGGUGGAACUGCUGCAUCUAGAGGAGGUCUUCUUGGCCACCCUUGCCCGAAUCAACAACCUUGUUCUCCAGCCCCUGCUCACGGAUGCGCCCUUGGACCCCCAGGGCAGAGAGUGCCUGCAGCAGCUGCACAGGAGCUCCCAGCAGCUUCGGGAGGUGACGGAGGAGAGCCUGCACUCUCUGCAGGACAGGCUGCGCCGCCCGGAUGCCUUCGGUCUGGAAUCGCUGCUGCUGCUGCGUGGUGCCGAUCAUGUCCUGCAGGUCCACAUGGAGUACAUCGAGUCCUACACCAGGUGUGUGGUGGUGCAGGCCUUUGAGAAGGCAACAAAGCAGAGCGAGUUCUGGCAGGGCCAGCGGAAGGCGCUGCGGCCGCUCCUGUGGGGUGUGAGUUCCGAGGGCUCGGUGGGCACUGCCCUGGUCCAGGCCCUCCGCCAGCCACUCAUCCGUCACGUGCAGCAGUACGUGUUCCUCCUGCUGAGCCUUGUGGACACCAUUGAGGAGUGUCACCCCACCCGGGAGCUGGUGGUACAUGCAACCACCGUCUUUGAGGACCUGCAGUCCUUCAUGAAGCAGGCGCUGGACCAGGCCAUGGCCACGCAGGCCCUCUGGCACACCCUGAGCAGCCGGCACAGGGAUGCACUCUGCAGCCCUGCUCGACGACUCUUGCAAGACAGCCAGGACGUACCUGUGACAGUCACCCCACUACGGGCAGAGCGCGUGCUGCUCUUUGAUGAUGUCCUAGUUCUUCUGCAGGGUCACAAUGUCCACACCUUUGAUCUGAAGCUGGUGUGGGUGGAUUGUGAGCAAGACAGGUGCUCAGUUCACCUCCUCACACCUGAGGAAGAGUUCUGUUUUUGUUUCAAGAACCCCCAGGAGCAGGUGACCUGGCGAUGGAAGGUUACCCAGGCUGUGUGCCAGGCCCUUCGUGGGAAAAAAGACUUCCCAGUGCUCGGGGCGGGUCUGGAGCCCUCUGAGACGCCCCCCUGCCGCUCCAUGACAUACACCUUCCUUGCAGAGGGUCGGUUCUGCCAGGCCACCUAUGAGGGCGAGUGGUGCCAGGGCAGGCCCCAUGGCAAGGGAACUCUGAAGUGGCCAGAUGGGCAGAGUCACGUGGGCAGUUUCUGCCAGGGCCUGGAGGAUGGCUUUGGCAUCCGCCUGGUGCCCCAGGCCUCUGAGGACACGUUUGACUGUUACAAGUGUCACUGGCGAGAAGGCAGCAUGUGUGGCUAUGGUAUCUGUGAGUAUGGCACUGGCGAGGUGUACAAGGGCUACCUCCAGAAGGGCCUGUGGCACGGAUUUGGGGUCUUUGAGAGUGCCCCACAGGCCCCUCAUCCCUGCAAGUACACGGGCCACUGGGAGAGGGGCCAGAGGAGCGGCUAUGGCAUCCAGGAAGACAGUGACAGGGGCGAGCGCUACAUUGGCAUGUGGCAGGCGGACCAGCGCCAUGGCCCGGGGAUCAUGGUCACCCAGGCAGGAGACUGCUACCAGGGGACCUUCCAGGCAGACAGGAUGGUGGGCCCGGGAAUCCUCCUCUCUGAAGAUGACUCUUUAUACGAGGGCUCCUUCACCAGGGACCUGACCCUCCUGGGGAAGGGCAAGGUCACCUUCCCCAAUGGCUUCACUCUGGAGGGCUCCUUUGGCAGUGGGGCCAGGAGAGGACUGUAUACCCAGGGUAUGCUGGACACGGCUGCCCUCCCGCCCGACCCAAGCAGCACCUGCAAGAGGCAGUUGGGCCUGGGUGCCUUCCCUGCGGAGAGCCGUUGGCAGGGUGUCUAUGGCCCCUUCCGGGACUUCGUGCGUGCUGGCUGCCCCGGGAACCUGCAGGAGGCCUUGCUGGGCUUCCACGUGCAGAGCUUGAGGGAGCUUCGCAAGUCCCAGGAGCACCUGUGCUGUGAGAGGACCCCGCUGGAUGACAGUGUAGGCAGAAUGGAAAACAUCCUGGAGGAGGUGCUGCAGAACCGGGAGCCCGAGGCCCUGCAGCAGUGCCUCAGGAAGGCUCUGAGCAGCUCGCUGCACCCCCUGGGGAAGCUGCUCCGGACGAUGAUGCUGACCUUCCAGGCCACAUACGCGGGCAUUGGGGCCAACAAGCACCUGCAGGGGCUGGCCCAGGAGGAGGUGAAGCAGCACGCCCAGGAACUCUGGGCUGCCUACAGGGGGCUGCUGCAAGUUGCCUUACAGCGCAAGGGCCAGGCCCUGGAGGAAGAGGAAGACACAGAGAUAAGGGACCUGCAGGUACAUAGAUUGGUGCUGCCUCUCAUACUGCCCAGCUUCUACUCAGAGCUCUUCACUCUCUACCUGCUUCUUCAUGAGAAAGAGGACAGUCUCUACAGCCAGGGAAUCGCCAACCUGAGCCUCUUCCCCGACACCAAGCUUCUUGAGUUCUUGGAUGUGCAGAAGCACCUGUGGCCCUGCAAGGACCUCACACUGACGAGCGAUCAGAGACACUCCCUGGUCAGAGGCAAGUGCUUCCUGUCAGCUACCGAGUGUCUGCAGAAGAUGAUCACCACAGUGGACCCCCGGGAGAAGCUGGAGGAGCUGGAGAGGACGUACCGGGAGAUUGAGGCCACCGUGUCUCGGGUGCUGGGCCAGGAGCACAAGCUGCCCAUGGAUGACCUGCUGCCGCUGCUCAUCUACGUGGCGUCGCGCGCCCGAAUCCAGCACCUAGGAGCCGAGAUCCACCUGAUCCGUGACAUGAUGGACCCCAUAUACAUGGGUGGCCUGUAUGACUUCCUGCUCACAGCCCUCGAGUCCUGUUACAAGCACAUCCAGAGGGGUGACAUGCAUCAAUUGCCCAGCUCCCGGGACUUCAGGGAGCCCUAGUAGCCCGGCCUGCCCUGGACACACUGUGGAGCUGAGAGGGGCCGCCGUGGACUUCCCGUGCAGCGAGCACGCCCAGCCGGCUCUCGUGGCCCAGAGGGCAGGAUGGGCCCUGCGGGCAGCUCUUGCAGAAGAUGAGUUUCUCGCAAGGAGAUGCUGCUGCAGCCCUGGCUGGGAUGAGGGUGAGGGGUGACAGGUGUGCUCCAGAGCUGGUGGUUUCCUUUGCCCGGCCACUAGCCCAGUCACAGAUGACCUUGACCUGCAGUGGCUCGCAGGCGGGGGGGUGAGGAGCCACUGGCAUCUUACCUGAGCCUUGUUCCCAUCAUUGAGCCUCAAUGUUGCCAUCUGUAAAAUGGACUUGGUUGUCUGUAAAGGAUCUUUUAUCUGUCUUGCUGGAGUCCUUCUAAAAGUCCUGGGCUGUGGCUGAAAUUCUCAUGUCACCGUUGGUGUCAUUCCCUGUCCCCCUCCUGAUCAGAGGCUCCAAGCUCAAGUUGCUAAUGACCUCUCUGUCUACUGGCCUUUUUCCCACAAGUGGUCUCUU